CUCCAUCGAUGCGGUUGGCUGAUUUCUGCAACCCAAGCAAGCGUGUAAACGAUGCAUAUUAGUUCAUGUAACCUCCUCACAACGUAAACACAGGUUUUUCCCCUUUGUUUACAACUUUUCUAUCCCUAAUUCGCCGUCUUGAUGGACAACCUUCUUUCGGCGUUAUUUUCCUCUCCGGAGGAAGAGCAAUACGUUUUGGAUUGCAUGGCUUAUUUUUUAAUUUUAAUGGCUGCGGUCACGUUUGUUUGCUUGUUGUUCGUAGACGCGGCGUAUGGUCGGUACGCUUCGCGUAAAUACGGAAUCCUGGUGAACGCCAAACUGGCUUGGUUUGUCCAGGAGCUGCCCUCGAUCCUGGUGCCAGUGUGUCUGCUAGUGUGGGCAUCCUCGGCAAAGACCUCCCUGCUAGCCAAUCAGUUGCUCAUUGCAAUGUUUUUAUGCCACUAUGCACAAAGAGCACUUAUUUAUCCAUUUUUAAUCCGAGGAGGUAAACCGACAGCAUUUCUCUCUUUUUUCCUGGCUGUUGUUUUCUGCAUAUACAAUGGCUUCAUGCAGAUCAGAUAUCUGAGCCACUAUGCAGAGUACCCUGCAGAUUGGGUGACGAAUCCAUGCUUCAUUGCAGGUUCUGUGCUGUGGCUGCUUGGCUGCCUGAUAAAUUUGCACUCUGACCACAUCCUGAGGAAUCUGAGGAGGCCUGGAGAGAGCGGAUAUAAGAUCCCCAGAGGUGGAAUGUUCGAGUAUGUAUCCGCAGCCAACUAUUUUGGGGAGAUAACCGAGUGGGCGGGCUUCGCUCUGGCAGGCCAAUCUGUUCAGAGCGUGGCCUUCGCCAUCUUCACCGCAGUGGUCCUCAGCACCAGAGCUUUUUCUCACCACAAAUGGUACCUUGCUAAAUUUGAGGACUACCCCAAAACAAGGAAGGCAUUGAUCCCGUUUUUGCUGUAGAAUAUUCUCAAAUAUGGCACAGCGCAGUAGCAGCAAGCGAUACGCUCGACCCAAUAACUCAUCCGCUCGAAAUGAACAGUGUCGAGGUUGACACUUGCGAUUGUGGGUGAUUUAUGAGAAGCUGCGAAGCGUGCACAAGACAGUAACUAGUGCAGGAUCACAUGAGGAAGAUGGGGCAGAAAUACAGAACUGGACUUACACUUAUAUGAAAACUUACAGGUGACCUUUUAGGCGGCCGGACUGAGUGAAGUGUAACCUGAAGCUUAAAUCACAGCGUGCCUGCGGCAAGUGUCAUCUGCAUUUUUUUCCCCCUCACAGGUCAACAGAGGACAAAUAUUUAAAGGCUACCAUUUUAACUAAUAGCACACAUAUUUUUAACAUCUGAACCGCUUCUUUGAAAUGUGACUGCUGACUUUUUCUACACGAUUGAGGAAAAAAUGAGCGUGCCCCAUUUUAGCCAAGUUCAUGUUACUAUUAUGAUUUUUUAUAUGCAGUGUUUUUGAAAUAAAUCUGUUUUAUCAUUUGUA